UUUUUUUUCUCCCCAAAAAGAGGCGACAGAGUUCAGGAGGCACCAGAAACCAGAUGCAUCACCUGCAGCAGCUCUGCUCCAGCUCAGAACUGCUUAACAUUUCUGUUUCAGUCCCUGCGACUGACUGGCAGUAGAUUAAAACCAUCAUUUCUGCUGCUUUAGAUGAAGAAUGGGCUGCGCGAUUUCAGGUCUGGCAACAAAAACGGAGUUUUCCCAGAGAGAUGGAGAGGAUGCUGCAGCCGCUGUGCGCCCCAGCGAGGAGCGCAUCCAGAUGAUCAAGGACUCCUGGAAAGUUAUUCGAGACGAUAUCGCCAAAGUUGGUAUUAUUAUGUUUGUCAGGUUGUUUGAGACCCAUCCCGAGUGCAAGGAUGUCUUCUUCCUGUUCCGAGAUGUGCAGGACCUGGAGAGGCUGAGGACAAACCGCGAGCUCAGAGCCCAUGGCCUGCGGGUGAUGUCAUUUAUUGAGAAGAUUGUGGCCAGGCUGGAUCAGCCAGAGAGACUGGAGGCUCUGGCUGUGGAGCUGGGAAAAAGCCAUUAUCACUACAACGCUCCGCCUAAAUAUUACAAUUUCGUGGGUGCAGAGUUCAUUGGUGCUGUGCAGCCUAUCCUAAAGGAGAGAUGGACCCCUGAGCUGGAGGAGGCUUGGAAGAUGAUGUUCCAGUAUGUAACCAGCCUGAUGAAGCAGGGAUAUCAGGAAGAGAGCGCCCGACAGCGUGACCUGGCGGCGUCCCCAAAGGACAGACUGGACAAGAACACGGCUCUAUGAGAUCACAGAAACAGACUGUUUUACAAGCAGCCCAGGAAUGUGUAUAUCUAUACUGUCAUCGCUGCCCUUUUUUCUAUACUGCUCAUGUGUUGUUAUAAUCAGCCACGUUAGCAGGAAUCGGUGAAAUCUCUGAGAGACUUAAAAUAAGAAAAAAAAACUUUAUUUCUAAACUUAAAUUUUGAUGCCAGGACGGGAAACAUUGAGGGGAAAGAUACAAACCCUUGGAUUGGCAUAGCAUAAUAAAAAAAAAAAAAGAAAGAGGGGCCAUUUGUUAGUCAUAGUAAAGAAAAUAAGCUAGACAUAAAUUAUACUGAGCAAUCAAACAGAUUUAUGACUUUCCAUUCAUAUAUUUAAACAUAAUUGUUGUCCCAAUCAAAAAUGCAAACCCUGCACUACAUAAAUAAGGGUUAACAGAAAUUAAAGGCCAGAAAGCAUUGGGCUCUGUGGGGAAACAGGAUUUUUUCUCCCACAACAUAAAAAGGUAAUAAUUAAAUAAAUGGUGGCAUGCUCCGUAUCCAAAUCCUCAGGUUCUGUUCUGUUCUUAAUCACCGGAUGGCCCUGAACAGCCUGGGAUAUGGCAUCACCAUGUAAACAAUGGCAUAUCUACAGUCACCAGGAGGAUGAUUCUGAGGUUUUAGGAGAGAACUGAUUGGGGCUGGAGGUCACAUCAGCACAAGGUGACCCCCACACCCCCUUUAUACUGUAAUGGACAGCUCAGAUAUCCACUGUUUGAUAAAGAGUCUAUAGUUCAUUGUGUGGCUUUGGUCUUCUUGCUCUUGCUUUUCUUGUCUUUCUUCUUAAGACCAUCUAUGUGAGCUCUCAGGAGGUUGGAGUAUGCCUAGAAAGUAUACAAUACAGGAGAAUGAUUAAAGAUUUGCUGUUAAAAC